CUUUACUUYUACUCAAGUAUGACAAUUGGGUACUUUUACCAUCCCUGCCUAAUAAGCGCACGUUGUAUAAAUGCAAACCAUCGAAAUCCUAUUAAAUUGUUCUAAUUUAAACCCCCAUCCAGCUAGCGGCGCUGUUGUGUGUUUCCAAGUUUUCUACCCGCUAGAACCAAGGAUUUUUCUCAAAUUCCUUGACUAGAACACGGAAGUAGAUUUGAACACAACACUUCUUGUGUGGGGUCAAGACAUAUUGACUGAGCUUAAUAAACUACUCAACUGAAAAUGUCUAAACUACAGUUGUUUCGUGAGUUUUUAAAUGAGCGUUUAACGGCGGUUGCUAUGGAGAUUUUCGGAGAAGUUGAGAAAACGGUAGUGGAGUACCAGGAGGAGAAUGAUCGGCUACGGAGACUUCUGGGGAUCACAUCGGAGAUAAAACUAUGUAGAAGAGAAUCCCUACAGCUCUCUGUCUCUGAAGAGGAGGUUCCCCCUGAGCAGCAGCACUGUGAGCAGGAGUGGAGCCCCAGUCUGGGGCAGGAGGACCCAGAGACCAUACAGAUUAAAGAGGAACAGGAGGAUCUCAGGACCAGUCAGGAGGAAGAGCAGCUUCAAGGGCUCUUUGAUACUGAAAACUCCAUAUUCACUCCUCCCUGUGUGAAACGUGAAUGUGAUCAGGACCCACUUUGGUCCUUGACUCUUCCCCAAACCAAGACCGUGGAGAAUAGAGAGAGAGACUCUAAACCAGUGGAUCUCACACCCUUUGGAACUGUGACCCACCUAAAGGGUUCAAGAAUUCCCUGUGACCCUCCAGAUAAUCAGAACAAUGCCUGCAGCCGCAGCUCAGCUGUAAGCAGAAACCCAGUAGGACUUGACAGCAGCCCACCAUUGGAUCUGAACCCACCAAUGGGGGAACUCUGCACCUGCCCCUUUUGUGGCAAGAACUUCAAACAAAAAGGACAUCUGUCCAUGCACAUGAGGAUUCACACAGGAGAGAAACCUUUUAGCUGUGGUGACUGUGGGAAGAGCUUUAUUCAGAAGGGGGACCUAAGAAGGCAUAUCCUGACUCACACAGGAGAGAAACCAUUUAGCUGUAAUUUUUGCUGUAAAAGCUUUAGUCAAAAGGGGGACCUAAGGAGGCACAUACUGACUCACACAGGUGAGAAACCACACGGCUGCUCCGUCUGCGGUAGAACGUUCAUUCGUAAGGCUCAUCUGCUGAAGCACGUGAACAACGUCCACAAAGAAAGAAAACAAGAUGGAAACUUCUGGGUUCCUGCCGCUGGCCCCCUUGCCACAGUGCUGCGCUCAGGGGGAACCUCCUCUUCAGAGACAGAGAGAGAGCUGCAGAUUAGGCUUCCCUGUGACCCUCCAGAUAAUCAAAACAAUGCCUCCAGCCACAGUUCAGCUGUAAGCAGUGACACAGUAGGACUUGACAGCAGCCCACCAUUGGAUCCCAGUCCACCAUUGGAUCCCAGUCCACCAUUGGAGAAACACUGUUCCAAACCCAGCACCACAGCUAGAAAAACUCACCACUGUCGUGACUGUGGUAAAACGAUUCCUCUGAAAGCUGACCUGCAGAGGCAUAUGACUCUCCCCAAGAAGAGACUCAGUGAAUGCUGCUUCUGCAAUAAACAGAACAAUUCCACCUGUAAAUUGAAGGCCCAUGUCAGGCUCUGUCAUGGUGGGAAACCCUAUAUCUGCCCUGUUUGUAGCAAGACCUUCAAAUACAAAGGAGAUCUGUCCAGGCACAUGAGGAUUCACAAAGGAGAGAAACCCUUUAUCUGUGGUGACUGUGGGAAAAGCUUCAAUCAGAAGGGGAACCUAACUGAACAUGUACUGAUUCACACAGGAGAGAAAGUAUUUAGCUGUGGUGACUGUGGGAAAAGCUUCAGUCAGAAGGGACACCUUACUGUUCAUAAACUGACUCACACGGGUGAGAAACCUUUUAGCUGUGGUGACUGUGGGAAAAGUUUUAGUCAGAAGGGGAACCUAAGCAUUCAUAAACUGACACACACGGGAGAGAAACCAUUUAGCUGUGGUGACUGUGGGAAAAGCUUUGGACUGAAGCGACACCUAACCAUGCAUAAACUGACUCACACAGGAGAGAAACCUUUUAGCUGUGGAGACUGCGGGAAAAGCUUCAGUCGGAAGGGACACCUUACUGUUCAUGAACUGACUCACACAGGAGAGAAACCAUUUAUCUGUGGAGACUGUGGGAAAAGCUUCAGGCAUAAAGGGUCCCUUAAGAUACAUAUAUUGUCUCACACAGGAGAGAAACUCUUUAGCUGCGGUGACUGUGGGAAAAGCUUCAAUAAGAGGGGGAACCUAAACAUGCAUUUACGGACUCACACAGGAGAGAAAUCAUUUAGCUGUGGAGACUGUGGGAAAAGCUUCAAUCAGAGGGGGAACCUAACCACGCAUAUACGGACUCACAGCAGAGAUAAUUCCUUUCGCUGUGGUGACUGUGGGGAAAACUUCGAUGAGAAGGGGCACCUAACUGAACACAUACGGACUCACACAGGAGAGAAACCAUACAGGUGUGGUGACUGUGGGAAAAGCUUUUAUCAGAAGGCGGACCUAAGGAGGCAUAUACUGACUCACACAGGAGAGAAACCUCAUGGUUGCUCCGUCUGUGGUAAAGGAUUCACUCAUAAAUCUCAUCUGCUGAGGCAUGUGGAUAAAAUCCACAAGGGAAGAAAACAGGACAGAAACUGA